UGUACACAACACUCUUAACACUGUUGUUACUUUUUCUCUGCCAAGUGGAAAGGCUAUAAGCAGUACAUUUACAUUACAUUUUAGUCAUUUAGCAGGGGCACUAUAAGGCAAAACGUGGAGCUCUUUACACAUUUAUUAAAUAUGACCGGUGCAACGCGAACCAGAGGGUUUGGGCUGAAGAGUCCAUUCGUUCUAGGGUCAACAUGGAUAAGCCACACCACCAGCCAGCCUAAAACAGUUUGGAGCAUCAUCUGAAGAAGAAGAAGAAGAAUGUAUGUAUGAUGCUCUCCAAUCCUAUGAUCUAGGUCUAGAAACUCAAUAACAGCAAAUUUUCUUAGAACACUAUGGUUAGGUGACCUCAGAUCACACUCACUGACUAGUGGUUGCCAUGGCUUUAAAAAAUGGAUACUCCAUCAACUCCACCCCACUGGACGAGAGUGGAGAGACUACACCCCUACUUAAAAAAGAAGUGGUGGAUGUUGAUGAUUCAGUGCCUCCACAAUGUUGCUCUGCACGCUGCAAUCUGGCCAUCAUGAUGUUCUUCGGAUUCUCCGUCGUCUACGGUCUCCGUGUCAAUCUAAGUGUUGCCAUGGUUGCCAUGGUCAAUGGGACCAAUAGCCAACCAUCUCUCAACAGCUCAGGUGGCCAUGAGUGCCCAGUGUCCUCCCACAGGUACAACAACAGCAGCCAAACCCCAGACCAACCAGACGGGAUACCUCAGUACUCGUGGGAUUCUCAGACUCAGGGCCUGCUGCUGGGGGCGUUCUUCUUUGGCUACCUGGUGACUCAGAUCCCCGGGGGUUACCUGGCUGGACACUUUGGGGGGAGUAUCUUCCUGGGGGGAGGGGUGCUGGGCACCGCAGCCCUCACCCUCCUCACCCCACUGGCAGCCCAGCUAGGACCCUACUGGCUGUUUGGGUUACGGGCACUGGAGGGAUUUGGGGAGGGGGUGACGUUCCCAGCCAUGAUGGCCAUGUGGGCUCGCUGGGCUCCCCCUCUAGAGAGGUCUCGUCUUAUGACCCUGUCGGGGUCAGGGGCCAACUUUGGGGCCUUUGUAGCCCUGCCCCUCACCGGCUUCAUCUGUCACAGUCUGGGCUGGCCCGCUGUCUUCUACAUGUGUGGGGGUGCUGGUUGCAUUUGGGCAGUGUUCUGGUUCAUUCUGGUGUCUGACCAGCCUGGCACUCAUCCACGAAUCAGCACAAGAGAAAAAGAUUACAUCAUCAACUCCAUAGGAAAAGAGGGUGGUGCCCAUGGCUGGUCAGUCCCUUUUUUACCCAUGAUGCUCUCUGUUCCCCUGUGGGCCAUCAUAGUGUCUCAGAUGUGUGCCAACUGGGGUUACUACACUCUGCUCACCUCACUACCCACCUAUAUGGACACAGUGCUUCACUUUGACCUCCGACAGAAUGCCUUUCUCUCAGCUCUGCCCUACCUGGGUGGCUGGGCCUUCUCAGUGAUAUCAGGUGUAGUAGCUGACAGCCUCCUGGAGAAGGAGCUGUUGAGUGUAACAGCGGUCCGCAAGAUUUUCACUAUCACAGGUCUGCUGCUGCCUGCAGCGUUCCUGGUUGCUGUGGGCUACUCCGGCUGCAGUGGCGUGUUGGCUGUGACCUUCCUCACCCUCUCUACAACUGUAGGAGGCACCAGUGCAGCCGGGGUCUUCAUCAACCAGAUAGACAUUGCUCCACGGUAUGCAGGGGUGCUUUUAGGAAUCACCAACACUUUCGCGACUAUCCCAGGUGUGGUCGCGCCCAUCGUCACAGGUUACCUCACCAAAGAUCACUCCUUGGCGGGAUGGAGGAGUGUGUUCUGUCUAUCGGCCGGGAUCAGCGCCGGAGGAGCGCUUGUCUUCACCUUGUUUGGCAGCGGGAAGAUCCAGAAAUGGGCCCUGGCAGAGGAGGAUCAAGAGCAGGCAGAAACAGAGAGAGACAGGUUAAUCCCUACAUGACAGACAGACAUGACCUAAAGGGAAUAGGAUCUGUAAGAUAUAAGGUGACCUCAGGUUAACUUAACUCCCCAUCAAAUGGUUUUAAAAAGGAAGGACCAGUGCAUUUGAACAGUCUCUUAGUACAUUGUGUUGGGAAUGGGACCCUAUAUCAAAUACAAUAUUCAUGAUAGGAUUAGGGACUAUUUUAAAUGCCCUCUUUAUAUUCCAAAUGCUUUUCUUUAGUAUUGUUUACAACAAUCUGUUUCUGACCACGUUUGGUAUUUAUACUGAACAAAAAUAUAAACGCAACAUGUAAAGUGUUGGUCCCAUGUUUCAUG